CUGCGCAACUAGUUUGCAUUUUAUCGAGGAGACUUACCACGGAUAUUGAUCCCCAGACUAAGCUGAACCUCCAAGAAUGGAAAUCGCUAUAAUAUCAAGUCCAGCUUAUGGAUCCGGCCCCCAAUGGCCUGGCAAUUCUUAAGAGCCUCGUUGCUCUUCGAGCAAAAUUUUCUUCCUCCGUCGAUGUGUUCUGAUUUCCGAAGGAAACGAGUUCUCCUCAGUUCUGAAAAUGACCUGCCUAAGCCCCGAUGACCAUGGCUGCGACAUCAAAGACCACCUACUUCAUUUUUUAGGAUGUAUCAAGAUAAAGGAUCGGGAGGAUUUUUUCGAACCCGACCACGGUAUAUGGAAACAAGAAUUAGAGCACCAGAAGGAGCAUCUUGGUCUCGAUGACGAGCAGGCCCAUGAGGUCACUAGGAGGAAGAGGGAAUCGUGGAAAGAUGACUGCGAUGGCGAAUUGAGACGCAUUAAUUUCCUUCGAAAAACUUUGAGGGCCGAUAAAAAAGACAAGCACUUGGUUAAGGAAGUAAAUAGCAGUCGGGAACGUUGGCAAAAGAAAAAGGGUAAAAAUGUCACUGACUCAACGACUGAUGGAGCCGAGGAAGUCGAUGAAUAUGAACCGGAGAAGGACAUCAGUGCGCCUAUCAUACUCUUUGAGAAUGGACGGGGCGCGGAUGUGCCUAUUGAUGAUAAGAAGUCGAAGGACGGCCGUCGUGUCGUGUGGAACAAGUUCCCUAACCAGAAAACAGCUUUAAGCGACUUGCUUCGACACGAGAAGAACUUCUUACACAAUGAGAAUUUCUCGUCUGAUCGGUUGGGGUAUUUUCAUGUCCCUUCAAACAAUAUGAUCUGGGCUGAGCAUGCAAUUAGUAGGUACUUUGGUGAAGAGAGGCCGGACUACCACGCAACUCAACGUGAGUUGAACCGAAAAAAGAAGACUAGAGCUUAUAUGGUUCUUCGGGAUCAGUACUGGAAGAGUCAGCUGCAUGGAGGCCAACAGCAUAUUCCACCACAUGCAAGACAUUUGAGGCCUCUCUGCGAAACGGUUUCAUCAGAUCCAGAUAAUGCAGACUAUUUCCCAAGAAACAUGGUCCUUUUUAUGCCGUAUCUCCACUGGGAUAUUUCGAGAAGAAGCGAACAGUUUGCGAUGGAAAUCGCCGAUAUAAUGGAGGAUGCUAAAGACUCCCCAAAGCAUGAUGGAGAACGAAAGAGGGAACUACGAAGAGAGAGAAACGAUGACUCUGAGACAUCAUCAUCUAUGGGGGAAGCAGCUCCGGAUGGCAAGUCACCUAAGCCAACCAUCAUUCAAACCCUUAAACAGAAGUUUGGACUUGGUGCGGAGCAACCAACUCCUGCUGAUAACUGCUUCGCAUUUCCAGAGCCUGGGAAGCACAGGAGGACGAAGGCGAGAAUUUAUACAAUGGGAAGACUUCUGAAAGAGUUGAAAUUAAUCGAGAGCCGACUCCCAGUCGAUGGGAAUGGUCGCGUUCGGGUUAGGAACGCCCUCGGUCAGUAUCUUCUCGACGCCGCAAGACUUUACGAAGGAAUGUCAAAUUACCGUGAUAAGAAGCUCCUACGCAAGUAUCUCUGCGCGGACCCUCCAUUACAUCCUCGUCGAACGCUUGACCAGGCUUACCACUGGACUCUCAACUCAACUUGGCAUCGGGAUCGGGAUCAGGUUGUAUACCGUCACACAACGACUAAACCCGAGGAUUUCCAUAAAUACAACCACAACAAACGGGUAUGGGAGGACCAUGAAGAAUUUGGUAUCAAAGGUCAAUGUGAGGAGUGUAAGAUGAACAUCAAGAAGCUGUCUCGGGUCGUCAUGGUCGAUCAAUUGUGGAUGUGGAUCCUUGAUGCGAAGACAAUCAUCACUUGUUUCCCGAAACGUUAUGGAGCCAACAAGCAAGACACAUCAGCUAUCCACAAGUCAAUCAGGGUUCACCUCCAAGAUAAUAGCGGCGAUCAAAUCCGAACAGUCUUUGACUUGGCCCUUGUUAUUAUUGACGAGUGCUCCAAUACGUUCUUCGAUAGAACCAAGACUGGGGAUCGCCAACCGCUGGUCCUCGAUGCGUUCUCAAAAGCUAUUGGUAACAUUAUGCAGAAACAGACUGCUGCUUUCGAGAGGCUAUGGCGCUGGACCGACGAAGCUAGUGAAAUUUACAGGUCCAAUACAAAUGGCGACACUUCCGGACUCCACGUCCCGCUCCUUGAUAUCAAUCCCGAAGGACAACUGGAACGCGAAAUCAAGGAUAUCAUAGAGGAGUUGGACAUUAUGAUACACAUCACGAAUAUACACAAGAAGAUCCUCACGGCGUUCAUUGCCAAUGCUGAGAACAUACUUGAUCCAUUCGGGGACUUCGCCAAGAACAAGAAACGCCAGAUGAUAAGCAGAUACCUGUGGGACAAGUCGGAGAAGAAACCAGAUGAUCUAGCAGCUCUUCGGGAGGCAAUCAACCGAAAUGACUGCAAUGAUCCUAAACUCAAGAAAAUGCAGGACGAUUACCAUUGGUUCAAGCUCAAUGCCGACGAGCGGUUGGUGAAUGUCGAGAAGAGAAUCGAGGAGCUCAAAGACUUGCGCAGGAGCGCCAAGAACACUGCUGACGAUGUCAAAGACUUAUUGGGGUUGAAACAGCAGCAAGCCGGUGUCGUCCAGGCAUGGCAAGCUGUCAAACAAUCCGAAGAGACCAUCAAGCAGGGUCGCUCGAUUAUGAUGUUUACGCUUGUUACGAUAGUCUUCCUUCCCCUUUCGUUCAUGUCGAGCAUCUUCGGAAUGAACAAUAGCGCGAUAACUAGCGAUACGUCAAUCCAGUUGGAGUUCGUGUACAUGUUUUCUAUUUCCGCCGGCGUCAUCUUCAUCAGCCUAUUCCUCGCCUUCGGCAGUUGGAUCCGCGCCGGCGUAUUCUACAUCUUCAAGUGGCUUAUGACCUGGCUCCUGGUCAACUCCGGCAUAUAUAGAGUCUGGCUCGACAUCAACUGGCCGAGCAAGCGCCUCCAUACCGAAGCGAACGAAUACUCCGACCGCCUUAAGAAGAACGCGAAGAUCGCCAACCUGGAGCGCCGGCGCAAGAGGCGAGAACGGGACGAGGAGAGGGCUCAGCGAAACGACAAGAACAAGAGCAAGAAUAGCCUCCUUCAAUUUCUGCAGGACCCUUCGUCUUAUGAAGAUAAUGCUAAGGCCAAUGCUAAUGGAAACUCAACGUCGGUGAGGAACGAACGCGAUUUAUUAUCCAUGUCACAACUACGGAAGUUCACGAGCGGGGCGCGGGGUGAAAAGAAAAAUGAUCUUGAAUCGGGGGAGAUUUGAUUCAAACCAGGAGCCAUGCAUAAACUCAAUAUUAAUCCCAUUAUCAAUCUGCC